AUGCAGAUGUUCUCUUUGCUGUCGAGCCCCCGAAUGAUUCCAAUGGUGCUGAUCAGUAUCUCUGGAAAAAUGGAGCUGCUGCGAGGCCUUUGUUCUCUGUUUCUCUUACUUGGGAGGACAUCAGACCCUCAUAGCCUAUCAAACCAUGGUUUAAAGCUGUUUGGUUCAAAGGCGGACAAGCUUCCUCUGAGUCGUAAGCUUAUCAAUUGGGGAAUCUCUACAUCCCCCCCCCCCUCUGCUGUUUGUGUAGUCUCGAGGAAGAAACAGAGGAGCACCUCUUCCUUCAUUGUGAUUUCAGCCUGCAGGUUUGGAGCAUCGUUCUUCAGCGCCUUAGCCAACCCAGACUCUUCUUCGCAAGUUGGAGAGAGUUGA